AUGGAGGAGAAGAGAGCUAUGUUUCAGUACUCACUGAUCCUAUUCAUGGUGGUUUCCAGUUUCGCUCUCGAAUCCGUGGCUGCAGAGAGCUACUGCCACGCGCAACGUCGUGUCUUGGUGAAUGCAUGCAAGAGGCUGAUCUUGAGGCAGUCUCCAACCGCUGAAUGUUGUCUUAGAAUAAGGAACACUCCUAUGUAUUGCGUAUGCUCUAUUGUAACCCCGAAGCUCGCGGCUCUCGUCACUGCUGAUGAUGUUCGUUACGCUGUUGGGGUCAUACGUCAAUGCGGUCGACCUGUAGCCCGUGGUACCAAGUGUGGAAGUCUUACAGCUCCAUGA